CUCGACCUGAGGCGCGGCUAUGGCAGCCUGCAUUGCAGGGGGCUAUGGGGCCGGGGUGGGCCUGGCCCGGAACUUCAGAACCGCCAGGGUGCUGCUCCGUGCACCGGCCUCUGUUGUCUGCCGGGCCCACAUGGAGCUGGUACGGCCGCAGAGUACUGGGCCUUCGGGGCCCGGCACGUUCCAGCCACCGCCGAAACCCGUCAUCGUGGACAAGCGCCACACCCAGCGCCAGGAGAGGAGGUUCUUGAGUCCUGAGUUUAUUCCUCCAAGAGGAAGAACAAAUCCUCUGAAAUUUCAAAUAGAAAGAAAAGAUAUGUUAGAAAGGAGGAAAGUACUCCACAUUCCAGAGUUCUAUGUUGGAAGCAUACUUCGUGUUACUACAGCAGACCCAUAUGCCAGUGGAAAAAUCAACCAGUUUCUGGGGAUUUGCAUCCAGAGAUCAGGAAAAGGACUAGGAGCUACAUUUAUUCUUAGGAAUACUAUUGAAGGACAAGGUGUUGAGAUUUGCUUUCAACUUUAUAAUCCUCGAAUUCAGGAGAUCCAAGUGGUCAAAUUAGAGAAACGGCUGGAUGAUAGCUUGUUGUACUUAAGAGAUGCCCUUCCUGAAUAUAGCACUUUCGAUACGAAUAUGAAGCCAGUAGUACAAGAAUCUGACCAAGAAGUUCCAGUUAAUAAGUUGAAAGUAAAAAUGAAGCCUAAGCCCUGGUCCAAACGCUGGGAGCGUCCACAAUUUAAUGUUAAAGGAAUCCGAUUUGAUCUUUAUUUAACUGAAGAACAAAUGAAAGAAGCUCAGAAGUGGGGCCAGCCUUGGCUUGAGUUUGAUAUGAUGAGGGAAUAUGAUACUUCAAAAAUUGAAGCUGCAGUAUGGGAUGAAAUUGAAGCAUCAAAAAAGUCCUGAUUCUGAGAGCGAACUUGGUGACUCACAGAGGAUACACUGACUCUUCCGAAGAUGUAUUUUGAGGCCAAUUUCAUUCCAUUUAUAAGAACAUAGUCAUUAAAUCAGUAAGCAUUUGUUAUUUCAGUAGUCCUGUUUUUAAAAAAAAUUAACACACCAGCAUAUUACUUUAAAAAGAGAAACACACAUGCCAAGUGGUCUGGAUGUCCGUUCUCUUCCUGGAGGCAAAGCUACAGCGGAAGCUAAACCACCACCAGAAAGCUCUUCAGUGAGCAUGGAAUCUGAGCAAGGGGAGUGGAGAGGAUGGUUUUAAAAACUGUGAAAUAAAACAUAAAUACAGAAGAUAAAUACAGUAUGAUUUAAAGAAUACUAAUUAACAUUUUUGCACUCACCACCAGGUUAAGGAAUAGAACAUUUAGUAUAUCUGGGAAGACUCCUGUGAGUCCCCAGUUGCAUCCCUUUCUCUCCCAGAUGUAGGCACUAUCCUGAUCUGGUGUUAACUCAUUCCCUUGCUUUUCUUUUUUCGUUUUGAAAAACCUGUUAGCAAGUAUAAAGCAGCAAAAUUUUCAUCAUUACAUGAAGGCUUCAGGGAGAACCAAACAGUCUUCGGGUUAUAGUCUGGCUUCAGCUUCCCUAAGAAUUUAUAAAAGCCACUUUUGGGGAAGCCCAUCAGUAAGAUCAAGUUCAUUGCUAAGGUCAUGAGUGAGUCCUGCUUCACAGAGGCUCACCGCAGUCAGGGCAUCUGAUUAUAGUGUGGGCUAGGUAAUGGGUGUCUGGCAGAAACAUGGUCAGAGGGAGUAGACUGAAUCAAACUCUAGCUCUUGGGAGUAAGUCAAAAGAAUACAUUCAUGGGUUGAUACGAGUGCCUUUGCUGAUCCAUGAGCUGGGCGUGGAAUGAAAGCUGGGACAUAAUCACACAUGGUAUGGACAAGCCUAGAGGUCAUUUCGACCAGGAUCACCUGGGCAUGCUGCUCUUCAGGUUAAAAGGACAGUAGUAGUAGCAUGGAUCUUGGUGAGGGUAACUCAGCCUGUCUCUUGGAUCAUGCUUCUCAGAUCUGCCCUUUGGUCAUAGCUAUCAAGGGAUUUCCAUUCACAUUGCCUGUGUAAAUCUGUUUUCUGGAUUCCAUGUUUUCCAUUUUAUUAGUAACUCACAUGUUUUGGUGGAGCACAUCCUUCAGUGUCUUCUAAAGGAAGUAUGUACGGAAGUAAAAUUUUUGGACCAUGCACGUCUAUCCUACUUGACUGUUACUUUAUAGAAUUGUAGGUUGGAGAUCAUUUUUCUUCACAAUUUUGAAUGUAUUGCUCCAUUGUUUCCAGAGUAAUAGAAAAUCCAAUGCCAUUUUGAUUUCUGCUUCUUGUAUGUGACUUGAAAGCUUGUAGACUCUUGGUUCCCAGGAUAAUGACAUUUCACAGGGAUGUGCCUUAGUGUGAAUCUGUUUUCAUCCAUUGUGGUGGGUGCUUGGUGAGCCCUUUCAAUGUGGUAACAUAGGCUUCAGUUCUGGGAAAUUUUUUGUGUUUGUCGAUGAUUUCCCCUGCUGCUUUCUUCCUGGAGCUGUUAUUUGGAAGUUUGGAUCUCCAGAACUGAAUCUCUAAUUUUCUUAACUUUUCUUUUUUGUCAUCUCUGUUUUUUAGCACCUAAACUCAAUCUUCCAACUCUUUGCUACCAUAUUUUAAAAUCUCAGGACCCCUUUUUGAUUUCUGAAACUUCCUUUUUUAAUAUACUGCCCUUUUCUUAUUUUAUGUUCUUGUCUAUGGAUUCAUUCUGUUUCCUCUGAGAGUAUUCAUGAUAGUGUUUGUUUUUGUUUUUUAAAUUGUUCUCCCAAAGCAUCUGUUUCCUCCAAGUUUCUUCUGUGUUUAGUCAUUUCUGUUUUUUAUGUUUUAGGCUUUUUCAGGACAUCUGGAAAUCCUUGACUAUCUGCUUAUGGAGGACUAAAAAGCUGAUUGUAAGCUUUAGACUGGUAGAAAGGGGUUGUUUUUAAGAUUAUCUGUGUGGGCCUUUUGGGAGAGUCCUCUCCUCCACUUUAGUGUCUUUUGGUUUGGUCAGAUUCUCUAGAGAAGAGGGCUCCAGGCUUCCCGGAGGGCAAGGGUCUGUCUGCGAGUGUUCUGGGGGCUGUGUGGGGAAGGAAGGGUGAGAUCUCUGUCUUUGGCACCCUGCAUGUCUACAGCCUUUCUGCCCCCAUCUCCCCACCCUGCUUUUGGCUCAGUACCCAUCCCUGCUGCAGUGCCCGGAAUUCCCUGCAGUUUGGAAAACCCGUUUUUAACCUCUCCAGAGAAUACACCUCUGGACUUUAGCUGGUGUGGAAGAGGGGUAGGCAGCCAGUGUGGGGAGUGGGGGAAGGGAUCUCAGGGAAUUAAUUCUCAAAAUAGUUUUGACAAAGUUCUUAUUUUAACCACUGUCCUUCACCCCCAGUUGCUGAGGUGCUGGAUCUGACCGUUCUCAAGCCUUUGGACAAUUCUGAGGGGGGAAUUGGAUUGAGUCUCACCUUUCUCUACUGCUGGUUUGAUUUGCCUUUCUCAAGUCUACUGGUCCAUCCAUAUGCUUUUCAACUUUCAAAAUUUUGUUCUGGUUGUCUCUUGUCCUGUUCUGUCCUUCCUUGUGGUUUUAUGUCUCAUUCAUAUGAUUUUCAACAUUUUGUACUGGUUGUAUCUUGUCCUGGUCUUUCCUUCCUUGUGGGUUUGUCUUUUUCCCUAUACUAUAAUUUAAUGGCCAUGUGAAUAAUUUAUCUGACAAAUUAAUGUAUUUAGCCAUUUUUCCAGUAAUUUUUCUCCAAAAGAAAUUUUCAGGUAUUAGCCCUUCGGGUUCUCAACAUUCAGCUGCUUCCUUGAUCUUUUUUCACUAAUGUUUGUUAUACAGCCAUCUAAUUACUUUCAACAAGCAAUGGGUAUACUGGUAUUCACUUAUUUAGAUUACUUGUUGAGACCAAAAACAAAACAAAACCACUGCCGUCAAGUCUAUUCCGACUUAUAGUGACCCAAUAGGACAGAGUGGAACUGCCCCAUACAGUUUCUGAGGAGCACCUGGUGGAUUCAAACUGCCAACCUUUUGGUUAGCAGCCAUAGCUCUUAACCACUACACCACCAGGGUUUGUUAAGACAGCCCUUCAAAAUUCUAAAGAUGUGGCAAACGUGCGAUCAGCUUGUAAGGACGUGCUCAUACCAACAACACUCAACCGGUCAUGUUUUUCACUCUGUAAGGUUGUGUUUAAAAUUGUUAGGAAAUUCUUCCCCCAGGAAUAAAGCAAAUCUACCGUUGUGAUGAGACAAUUAGUAGCUUAAAGGAAAUAACUCACUGAGUCUUGUAUAAUUCAGUGUUCAAAAAGAAGUUUUUCCCAUUAGAAAGAUUAGAAAAAAAGAUCUAAGUUUUGAGGUUUCAGGGAUAGGCAAUUCUAUUCCAUUAGAAGCACUCCUAUGUCCUAGGCAUGGUGCAAGGCAUUUCACAUCUCAACAUUCGCAGCAUCCUUGCAAGAGCAUUUCACAUCUCAACAUUCACAGCAUCCUUGCAACAGCAUUUCACAUCUCAACAUUCACAGCAUCCUUGCAACAGCAUUUCACAUCUCAACAUUCACAGCAUCCUUGCAAGACAGGUGCUUCUACUCUAUUUUACAGAGAGCUUCAGAGGGGUAAGCAACUUCUCUCAAGUGGCACAGGCUGGUGGCCAGGUGGUUAGUCUGAUGUUAAAACUCCAGUAUCUGAGUCAGAACUCUUAAAGUCAGUUUUUUGAAAGUCUUCAGACUAAUUAAAUGAGAAUAUUUGGGGCAUGAAGGAUGGGUGUUAGUAUUCUUAAAAACCUCCUUGUAUAGGUAGAAUUGAGAACCACUGCACUUAACGUAAGGAGCCCUGGUGGCACAGUGGUUAAGCCCUUGGCUGCUAACUGAAUGGUCAGUGGUUUGAACCCAUCAGCUGCUCCGUGGGAGAAAGAUGUG